UCAUCUAUUGAUUGGAUGGUAUCCUUAAUCUGAGAUUGGUCUUCAAAUCUGGUUUCGGCCCCUGUCAUUCUAAAUGUCAGCCUAGUCAAAGAGAUGGAAGUGUUUGUGUGAAGAGCGGGUGUUUUGGGGUGGGUUGGUUGGCCCACAUGGAUGGUUUUCCACAAUUAAUGUGGUAGGCGUUGUUGGGUCAAUGGUACCAAUCAACGUUAAUUGUUAUUACUAUCACCUGUGCGUUGCACCACUUUCCCUCCCUCCAGCAUUAACUCUCCUGUGACUCUUCUCUUGCAAGCUAACAACACAGUUUCGAUCAUGAAAACAGACAGUAGCAUUAAUAGCUGCUGGAUAAGGAUUAACAUCAAUUUCCAUCUCAAUCCAUAGAAUAGAGAGGAUCACAUGGAUGUAUGUUUGUUGGGAGGGGAUUUUUUAACCACAUUCUAUCAAUUUGGCACAUCAAACAAGCAAUUACUAAGCAGUCAAAUUUUGGUAAUCAAACUAACACGCUCUCUCAACUACUCUCUUUAUGCUUCACGUAUCACUAAUUCAUUGAAAAGAAGACCCGUCUUCCCGAGUCUUUAAUGCCUCCCAACUAUCAGCAGCUGUUGUUCCAACACCCAUAAGGCUCACGAUUUUUCGCUUCGACUCCCAUCCUUCCUCCCGCCCACUGCAUCGAAAUCCACUCGAGUUUGGAUCUCGGCAGUCCCAGGUACCGAUAGGUGCUUGAAGGAGCUCUCUCUCUCUCUCUCUCUCUCUCUUUUUGUUGCGGUCUUUGGUUGAUUGAACUUGGAGUGAACAAGAGAGAGAGAGAGAGAGAUCUGAAUGGUUUUUAGUAGCUUUGGAGCCUCCGACACAAAACUUUUUGCCUUUAUUUUUUUUAUUGUGAGGUGGGUUUGAUGAACAGUUCCGACGGCAAUUCCGAAGGCUUUCUCCAGUUCUUUGCUUCUUUUGCUGUUUGAUUUGGCCAGAUAUGGUUGGAUAGGACGAUUGAAGCGUGCUAGAGUUGAUUUAUGCCUGUAAGCUAGGAGCUUUGUAGGUUAGCUCGAGAAGAUCUACAGUUCGUUGGUCGGCUGGCAUGUUGGAGACCGGCUCUCUAAUUAUGUGAGGAGAAGGAAGAUGUCUGGAGUUGGGAGAUCACAUUGACGGCAUCAUCCAAUCAAGCCCUGUUCUUCGCUUAUUUCCUAUUAUUUCUUAGCAAAUCUUAUUACUGGCUGAACUAGUGAAGUUCUGCUGUGUUCACUACUCGAGAGAAAGAUGGUUGGCACUGUUGAAAAGAAUCAUGCUUCUGUUAACUCGAACGGUUCCCUUCACAAUUCCAAUGGUGCCGAAGAAAAGCUAGAUGAGCUUCGUCGCCUCCUCGGCAAAACUGAUGGUGACCUGCUAAAGAUAGUUGGUGUUGGGGCUGGUGCCUGGGGCAGUGUGUUUGCUGCCCUCCUGCAAGAUGCUUAUGGUCAUUUUCGUGAUAAGGUUCAGAUAAGGAUAUGGAGACGGCCUGGUAGAUCAGUUGAUCGAUCCACAGCUGAGCAUCUGUUUGAGGUUAUCAAUUCAAGGGAGGAUGUUUUAAGACGUUUGAUCAGACGAUGCGCCUAUUUAAAGUAUGUGGAGGCAAGGCUUGGUGAUCGAACACUGUAUGCCGAUGAGAUAUUGAGGGAUGGUUUCUGCUUAAACAUGAUUGAUACACCAUUUUGCCCUUUGAAGGUUGUGACUAAUUUGCAGGAGUCAGUAUGGGAUGCGGAUAUUGUCGUGAAUGCUCUGCCUUCCACGGAGACGAGGGAAGUGUUUGAAGAAAUUAGUAGGUAUUGGAAGGAGAGAAUUACUGUUCCCAUUAUUAUCUCUCUUGCAAAGGGUAUAGAGGCAGCUUUGGAUCCCGUCCCACGUAUAAUUACACCUACUCAGAUGAUCAAAUGUGCAACUGGAGUUCCAAUUGAAAACAUUCUUUAUCUUGGGGGUCCAAACAUUGCUUCAGAGAUUUACAACAAGGAAUAUGCUAAUGCUCGAAUCUGUGGAUCAGAGAAGUGGAGCAAACCUCUCGCCAAAUUCUUGCGACAGCCAUAUUUCAUUGUAUGGGACAACAGUGACCUAGUUACUCAUGAAGUGAUGGGUGGUUUGAAGAAUGUUUAUGCUAUUGGUGCUGGAAUGGUAGCAGCUCUGACAAAUGAGAGUGCAACAAGCAAAUCAGUGUACUUCGCCCAUUGCACAUCUGAAAUGAUAUUUAUUACUCACUUGUUGACUGAACAACCAGAAAAACUGGCUGGUCCAUUAUUAGCGGAUACUUAUGUGACCCUAUUAAAGGGUCGGAAUGCAUGGUAUGGGCAAAUGCUUGCCAAGGGAGAACUGAGUCCUGACAUGGGUGACAGCAUCAAAGGGAAAGGAAUGAUUCAGGGUGUUUCUGCAAUUGGUGCAUUCUAUGAACUACUUAGUCAGCCUAGCUUAAACGUGUUGCAUCCCGAGGAUAACACACCCGUUGCUCCAGCUGAACUGUGUCCCAUCCUUAGAACACUUUACAGAAUACUGAUUAGAAGGGAGUGUCCUUCACAAGCCAUUCUUCAAGCGCUACAAGAUGAAACCAUGAACGAUCCUCGUGAAAGGAUCGAGCUGGCUCAGAGUCAAGCUUUCUACAGGCCAUCGCUUCUUGGCGAACCUUAACAGCAUCUGUUGACGAUCAAGGAGAGGUCUUAUGUUAUGGUUUCAUCUUUUCUCCCAUUGAUGAAGCUAAAAUGGAAUAACUGCUUAGAUACCGAGCAAAGUGUUCGGUGAGAGAAGAUGAAUCGUCAGUCAGUGAAAAUUUCUGUCAUAAAAUGGGUGGCUUCUAAGGAGGCUUGAUUAAGCUUGUCAUGUCAUGUAAAUGGGUUGUUCAGUUGCACCUUAUGAAUAAUCAGAAUCUACAUAUAUAUGUAUAUAUAUAUAUAUAUAUAUAUAUAUAUAUAUAUAUAUAUAUAUAUAUAUAUAUAUAUAUAUAUAUAAUGUUGUGUUAGAUAAAAAAAAUAGAAACAUGUUUAUGAUCGUA